AUGGCAGCUAUUCUCAGCAAGGCGGACUUUCCCGACUUCCAUAGGUCGAUUCGCUCCUCCCUGCCGGUGUACAGGGACUCCGCGCUGAAGGGCUGGAUGAUUUGCACGGCGGAAGAUGCCAUGGAGGACAGUGACGAUGAGUACGACUGGACUUUCUGCGAGGUGGAGGAUGAUGAAAGACCGACCUUCGCGGAGGUGGUCAGAAGGCUGGGCUCGACUGCAAGGGAGCGUGCACGUCCUCUGUGCCCAAAGGAUGCGUCAAAGGACGGCGAGGGCGAGGACACGGACACGUCCAGCCAUGAAGAUGACCAUGAGUUGCGGGGCAAGAUGCGUGCUUCGAUGGCUUCCACCUGCUCGACGGCCUCAGAAGGCGGUGAGAUGAGUGAGGUCUAG